AACCAAAGGCAAACCUGCUGUCUCCCAUUUCCCCUCGCGGACACGGGCGCGCCCCUCAAACUGAAACAAUCCAAAGCCGAGGGCGGAGUAGAGGCACAAGGUCUGAUGCGUAGAGAGAUUUCCCGGUCGCCUCCGCCCUUCCGCCGGCGAGGCUCCCCUCCUCCGCGGUACGCCAGCCGGAGAAACAGACGAGAUCGGAGCCGCUCCCCUUAUGCCUCCCGGCGAAAAACUCGGUCUCCUUCUCCACUAUGGGAUAGGAGCAACUCACCAAGUCCAAGAAGGCAUAGAAGCCCACCAUCUCCAAGGAGACACAAAAGACAGAGAAGUCGGAGCACGACAAGUUCAUUAGAAAAUAACUCAGGCAGUCCAAGUCAUGUAUCAGAGAAAAUAAACCCCACUGUAAAACAAAGGAUGGAAGAAGAAAAGAAAAGGCGUCAAAAGGAAGCCGAAUUUAAGUUGCUGGAAGAGGAGCUUGCUAGGAGAGUCGAAGAAGCUAUAAGAAAAAAUGUCGAGGAACGUCUGAACUCUGAGGAGGUGAAACUUGACAUUGAACGCCGAAUUGAGGAGGGUAUUAGAAAGUUAUUUGAUGAGGUUGACUCUCAGCUACAAAAAGAGAAAGAAGCAGCUCUUCAUGAAGCCAGGAAGAAAGCAGAACAAGAAAGAAGAGAGAGGGAGGAGUUGGACAGAAUGCUUGAAGAGAACAGGCGUAAAGUGGAGGAAGCUCAAAGAAAAGUAGCUCUUGAGCAGGAGCAGAAAGAGCUGGAACGAUAUUUGGAGCUGGAAAGGAUACAAAAGCAGAGAGAGGAAGCGUUGCGCAGAAAGAAAAUGGAGGAGGAAGAAGAAAGAGCUAAUAAGCUGAGAUUGCUGGGGAAAAACCGGGGUUGAGAACUGGGAUCUUCAUACACAACGUAGGCGGUUUAUGUGCCUGGAAAACCAUAGACUGGUAUACUAUUUUUGCCAUGACCUGGAUUGGUGUUUCUGGAGCAUUGAUUUUUCUCUUGCGAAUGGGAUGGCCAUGGUUGCCCCCAUUUGAAUUUGACUUCUUGUUACGUGCCUCUGAUGACUACCAGUGCGAAAACUUUUGUUUGAUAUGUGGGAGCACGAAAAUGGUCAUGUAUAAACUGGUCAUUUGACAUCUAUGAUGAAGGGAACCUCUAGGCGUAUUCUUUGAGUGCGUUUUAAGAUCGGUGAGAAA